AUACUUCUCAUUAAGAUACAACAAGUUGUCAAUAUUGCGCCUCUCCAAACAAGAAAAACAGUAGCAAGCAAUCAAAGACAUCAGUUUUCAAGGAACAGUUUUGAUUCAAUCCAUACAAAGGGGAGUUUGUUUCAAUGUUGUGGUUAUGAGAAGAUGAAUGUUGUUAAUGACGAACCUGUUGAACCACCGAGAUCUUGGGAGAUGGUUAUCACUGCUGCUCAUGUUCAAGGCAGAGGAGUUUUGCAUUUUCCCCGCAGUAUUGUGACUAACUAUUUGCCACAUCACCAACAUGGUAUUGUGAUGGUUUUAGACAACUCAAACAUUUCAGUCAAUUGUAGUAUAAAAACAACACCAAGGAAUAGGAAUGAGAAGUAUCUAUCUCAAGAGUGGAUUGCAUUUCUCAAUCAAGCUAAUAUCAAUGUCGGCCGCAGAAUUAAGUUAACUAUUUCAGAUCCACCCGGAGUUUUGAGCGUUGGCCUCAUCAAUUAAAAUGCACAAUUCUAUGAUGGUCAUUUUGUUUAAUUGCGCUCAUUUUAAAAACCAUGUAGUGUUUUAUAUUUUGUUUACUAUGAGUUUCAACUUUUAUUUUAAAAACCAUGUGUUGUUUGUAUUGGUUGAGCUGUAUAAUUAUUUUCUACUUAAUCUAAUGACAAAGAAGUAAUAUUUUUAUUUGCUCGAUA